UCAUUUUGUACCACGGAGCUGACAGUGAGAUAUUUUGAGGAUCAAAAUCUGCUAAUAUACUUAUUUAUUUAUCGUUCACUUUCACUGUCUUUAGCCUGUAUCUAUCUUUUCUGUUGAGUAAAACAUUUUGCAGAGCUACACUGUCCAAAUCAUCUUGAGGAACUAUAAUGGCUGCUUCUACAUUGCUGGACAAACCAUGGAGGGAACUACGAUGGGGGGAGAAGCAGAAGGAACUUCAGUAUGUGAAGGAGUACAAACCUGAAGUUGAAGGCAUUAAGCAUCUUCGAGUUCUCAUGUUUGGACAUGUUGGAGCUGGAAAAUCCAGUUUCAUCAACUCCGUCAGUAACGUCCUCCGAGGGCGAAUGUCCAUUCCUGCUUUGACCAGUGCGACCACCUCCGACAGAAGCUUCACCAUAAAAUAUGAAACUCAUAAAAUCCAUGUGGGACGAGGAACUUCAAAGACAUUUUUUCCUCUGGUUUUCAACGACGUCAUGGGUCUGGAAGACGGGAACAACAGUGGGAUUCAUGCUAGCGACAUCACACUGGCUAUGAAAGGACACGUAAAGGAGGGUCACAAGUUUAAUCCAAUAGCCCCACUGACUAAAGACGAUUUUGGAUACAACCCAAAUCCCUCACUUGAUGACAAGGUUCAUGUCCUGGUCUGUGUGAUGUCUGCCAAUGCUCCACAGAUUAAUAGUUCAGUUCUGCAGAAGAUGAAGAAGGUCAGAGAAACAGCCAGUGAACUGAACAUUCCUCAGAUGGCCAUGAUGACCCACAUCGAUGCUGCCUGUGGGGAAAUAGAGAAAGACUUGAAGAAUGUUUACAGAAGCAAACACUUGCAAAAAAAGAUGAAAGACUUCAGUGCAGCAGUGGGAAUCCCUAUGAACUGCAUCUUCCCUGUGAAGAACUACAGCGACGAAAUUGACAUAAAAGACGAUGUUGACAUUCUGAUCUUGAGCGCGCUGAGGAAAAUGGUCGACUUUGGAGAUGACUUCAUUGAGAAGCAUGUAAACUCAUGUUAAAAGUUUGCUUUUUUUAUUUUUGAAGUGGGCUUGUGGGUAAUUACAGUUUAAAAAAGAAGAAAAAAAGAAAAUGGUAUGCUGGAAGCUAUUUCUUGAAUAAUUAAUAUUCAGAAUAACUUGUGCAGUACAAACACUGGAUGUGAUGUUUGUGCUGCUUGAUCAUAUUAUGCAAAACUUAAGUCUGGAAUAUAAAUAUUGUUUGGAAGUACUUGUUUUAAAAAAGGAAAUUCUAAUUAAGUGGGAAUGCUGGAUUGCAACACACUGCACAAGCUGCCUCGUUUUACAGAACAUUUUAUGGUCUACUGUCAAAUUUUGGGGUUAAUCUGAGGAUUGUUUGGCAGAAAUAUCUGUAUUGUGAUUUAACUACAGAAGAGUGGCUGGAAAUCUUAUCAAAUAUAAGAAGACAUACCAAAGGGAAGCUUCCCCAAUAUAAGUUAAUUCAUAGGUUUUAUUUUACUCUCUAACAUGUGUUAUUCUUUUGAUGUUUGUCAUUCUUAUUUACUUUAACAUUUCAUGCAGGUACUUAAACAGUAUUGUCAAUUGAAGUUUUUGUUUUCUUCAAUGUCUGUAAUAAGAUGAAAAAUGACACUACCAAACCUAGAUAAUAAGAAAAAGGUACAAGAAAGAGAUGUUUGCAUGUAUUGUGGGGGAAUAUUAUGUCAGUUAAAAUAAAACUACACUAUCGUAUGUCUUAAUCUACUGAGAUAAAUGUUCUAAGGAAUAAAGCUGAUAGAACAUAAUGAG